AUGUUUAUGGAUGGUGGGGAUAGAUACGGCUUGUCAGCUUGUAAUUUUCACCAACUCGUGCCCAUACCAAUCGUGGCUCCGGCCUCGCAAUUCCGCCUGGGGCUACGUAUGGAAGAGCCCUACAAGGUCGAGACGGUGCUCCAAGACCCGCACUCCAAAAAGCAAGAUCCAAACGCCACCGUCUUCCGGACGGUCAUCGAUGCUCGUCUAGACACCCUGCUGCAAGUCGACGCUACCACCAGCCGCCUUCACGUAACGAAUCACGCCGAUCCUUCACCCCUCUUUGCUCGUCAACUACGCACUUUUGGUCCUUUGGUCCUGCGCGCCGUCAUGCUCGUCUUUCUCCUACAUGGAAAACUCGGCCGCUCGGCGCGGCUUCAUCUCCUCGCCCUCCUUCUACAAGGCAACUCCGGCUCAAGGAUAGGCGAUCUACUCAAGACGUAUGCGUCAGGGUACGAAUGA